GUUCUCGGUGUACUCCUCUGCCGUGGAGACCAGACAGCUAAAACAAAGCCUAUCAUGACUGUGUCUCCAUCAUGGCUGAGUCCUGGAGCCUCAGUGACGCUGAGCUGUGAGGUUAAACCUUCAUCUGCAGGAUGGAGGUUCUACUGGUACAAAGCUGUUCCUGAAAUCUACAAGAACAAAUACAGAUACCAGCUGGUGCCCGGCAGCCACGACGGGACCAAAAACGACUACUACAAAAUUAAUGGCCAGAAACACACAGAAGGAUACGUAUGCAGAGCUGGACGAGGAAACCCGGAGCUUUUCACUCAGUAUAGCGAACCAAAGUUUGUCUGGUCAACAGUUUCUGACUCAGCAGCCUCUCUCACAAUGAGUCCGAAGAAAAUAAAGUACUACACCGUCGAUGAAAUCCGACUGACGUGUAGCGGACCCUCUACUUUCUGGAAAGUGAGGCGGUUCAGACAGUACUACCCGUCAGACGUGUCGGACUGCUCCGAAUGGGGGAAAAUGAUGGGACCCACGUGCACCUUCAGGAGUCGCUGGUACCAGAAAGCUGUGUUCUGGUGCGAGUCCGAUUCCGGAAAGUUCAGCAACGCACUCAACAUCACUUUACUGGCGCCAAUGGCGGUCCUGACUGUGUCUCCAUCAUGGCUGAGUCCCGAAGCCUCAGUAACUCUGAGCUGUCAGGUGGAACCUCCGUCGACAUUAUGGAGGUUCUACUGGUAUAAAGCCAUUCCCGACCAGUCGAAGUACAGCUACAGAUACGAGCCACUGCAGGGUACUCAGAAGGGGACUGCAAAGAACUCGUAUGUCACUCGGGGGCAGAAGCAAACAGAAGGAUACUCAUGCAGAGCUGGAAGAGGGAACCCGGAGAUCUUCACUGAUUACAGUAAAAUCACACUGAGCUGGUCCGCAGUGGACACUAGUGCAUCAUACAAUACACUAUCAUCUACUGGCUAUUCACCCAAAGAGCAAGAACGUUUUUGUUAAAUCCAAUAUGGCCGACAGAUAA